UUCUGUUGCUCCAGAAGGUUGCUGAGGAAGAGAAGUCCUGUGUGUGUGUGUGUGAGAAAGAGAGAGAGAGAGAGAGAGAGAGAGAGAGAGAGAGAGAGAGAAUGGAGGGGAAGGAGGAGGAUGUGAAGCUUGGAGCCAACAAGUUCUCAGAGAGGCAGCCCAUAGGGACGGCAGCUCAGGACAAGGAUUACAAGGAGCCACCACCAGCACCCCUCUUUGAGCCAGGGGAACUCAAGUCUUGGUCCUUCUACAGGGCUGGGAUCGCGGAGUUCGUGGCCACCUUUCUCUUCCUCUACAUCACCAUCCUCACUGUCAUGGGGGUGGUCAAGUCCAGUAGCAAGUGUUCCACUGUGGGCAUCCAGGGAAUUGCGUGGGCCUUUGGAGGCAUGAUCUUUGCUUUGGUCUACUGCACCGCCGGCAUCUCCGGUGGGCAUAUCAACCCUGCUGUGACCUUUGGGCUGUUCCUGGCGAGGAAGCUGUCCCUCACACGGGCCCUCUUCUACAUGGUGAUGCAGUGCCUGGGCGCCAUCUGCGGUGCCGGCGUCGUCAAGGGGUUCCAAAAGGGUGUCUACCAGAGCAACGGUGGCGGAGCCAACGUCGUGGCCUCCGGCUACUCCAAGGGCGACGGAUUGGGCGCCGAGAUCGUGGGCACCUUCAUCCUGGUCUACACCGUCUUCUCCGCGACCGACGCCAAGCGCAACGCCAGGGACUCCCACGUGCCUAUUCUUGCGCCCUUGCCCAUCGGAUUCGCUGUCUUCCUGGUUCACCUGGCAACCAUCCCGAUCACCGGCACCGGCAUCAACCCUGCUCGGAGCCUGGGAGCUGCCGUCAUCUACAACAAGGACCAUGCCUGGGAUGACCAUUGGAUCUUCUGGGUUGGUCCCUUCAUUGGAGCUGCCCUCGCUGCCCUCUACCACCAGGUGGUCAUCAGAGCCAUCCCAUUCAAGAGCAGAUCCUGAGUGUUCUUCUCUGCAUGGACUCUCCAUCAGAUCCACAUGUCUACCUUCCGUUUGCAGAUCAUUUUGUUGUGUUCUUCCUUCCUUUCUUUCUUAAUCAUCUUAAAAUUCCACUGUCGUGCAUUCAUGUACUGCUGCUGCUGGUGAUCGAGUAUGUAAAUUAAGUAAUGGUGUAGUGAAUUCCAGUCUUCUGCUGCUUCA